UUUUGGUCAUUUGACACUAAAAAGAAGACUUAUUUUUUUGUUAUUUACGCUUUUUUUUAUGAAGGACUGAAAAGGUACACUCCUACCUUUUCUUGAAUCAAGAGCAUCCCUUUUCUUCAUCUGGCAAAGAACUUCAAGCACUCACCAUGUGGGAGUUCCGGUCUAUGAAUUUUUGGCGGGCGGUCUUUGCAGAGUUCUUCGGGACCAUGUUCUUUGUAUUUUUCGGCAUGGGUGCUGCCCUGCGUUGGACCACUGGGCCUUAUCAUGUUCUUCACGUGGCCCUAUGCUUCGGUCUUGCGGCUGCCACCUUCAUCCAGUCCAUUGGCCACAUCAGCGGCGGCCACAUCAACCCCGCGGUUACCUUCGCCUACCUUGUCGGCUCACAGAUGUCCCUUUUCCGUGCCUUUUUUUACAUCUUCGCACAGUGCCUGGGGGCUGUGGCGGGGGCUGCAGUCCUGUACGGGGUCACCCCCGGCAACAUGAGAGGCAACAUGGCAAUGAACAUGCUGCAGCCUGGCAUGAGCCUGGGGAUGGCCGUCACAAUGGAGGUAUUCCUCACCAUGCAGCUUGUCAUCUGCAUCUUUGCUGUGACAGACGAGAGGAGAAACGGCCGCCUGGGAUCAGCAGCGCUCUCCAUUGGCUUCUCCGUCACCAUUGGGCAUCUUGUGGGGAUGUACUACACUGGUGCUGGAAUGAACCCUGCCAGGUCCUUUGCCCCUGCAGUGCUCUUCAGAAACUUUAUCAACCACUGGGUGUACUGGGUUGGGCCUAUGAUCGGGGGUGCCAUGGGUGCCAUCUUGUACGAUUUCAUGCUGUUCCCGCGUAUGAGAGGUCUCUCAGAGCGUCUGGCCACACUGAAGGGAAGUCGACCCCCGGAGAGCGAGACCCAGCAGGACACCCGAGGGGAACCCAUCGAGCUCAAAACGCAAUCCCUAUAAGCCGACCCAGUCCCCCUUUUUCCUGACGGAGGGUGAGGGACCAGGGACAAAUCCCUGAGCUACGCUGACCCCCACCUCAACCGUUCCCCCUCGACCCUAUACCUUCACAUGCUCCACUGUACAAGACUAAAAAAAUGUUCACAGAUAUUCUAAACUGUAGAUCCGGCACCUUCAACCUCAGCACACAACGAGACUCCUCAACCCCCAUACCCCCUUCCCCCCACACAACCCAACCCCCACGGCCCUCUUUCUGUACUUCUAACAGGACAUUGUGACCGAAGCCUGAACUAUUCGCUGUCUCGUCUCCCCCAUCACGGUCUAAGAUGCAAUAGCGUGUGGAAAGCCUGCGACCAAACAGGGCGUUGCGGGGAGGAGGGUGUUAGAAAGUGGGAGAUGGGGGGCGGGUUGAAGGGUGAAGCAGGGGGGAAGGGUGAGAGGGAACGAUAGAGAUGGGAGUGAAGCAGGAAUGGGGUUUGGACGUGACAGAGAGGGGAACGCUGUCAUUUCUAGGUUGGGUUAGAUGGGUUUGCUUUUCAUUAUUCAUCUGAGCUUAUUUAAUUUCAUUUUAUUUUCUUAUUUUUUUUUUGUUUUUUUAAGUUUCCACCCCUUCAGACACAAGAUGUGGAUGUGAACUACCAUUUGAUUUAAACAGGGUUUUAAUCAUUUCAAUCACCACAUUUUAUCUGUAGGUUUGUGAGUGAGUGUGUGUGUGUGUGUUUGUUGUAGAGAGAGAGAGAGAGAGAAAGAGUGAGCGAGAGUGAGAGUGUGGGUGCGUCUAAUCGUGUGUGUGAGCGUGUUUGCAGGUGAGCGCGUGUAAACGGGCUUACUUGUGUGAUCAAGUUUGCUGAUCCUGUACUUCUUAUUUUUAUUUUCAUAACCACUCUCCUGUUUCGUACCAUCACCUCUUUUCAGUUUGUCAUGCCAUGAACACCCCCCCCCCCCCAACCACCACCCUGUUUGCUGUCUGACAGUUAUUUGCUGUAGUAUUAAUUUUUACAUAAACCAUUUUGCUUUUUUGUUCUUGAACCAGCAUAAUCCACAACAAUUGUUGGAUCCCAGACAUUUGGUCUCCUUUAGUCAUCUGGUUCGUACUGGGAGCCCAAAGUGUUUCAAUAAAAAAAGCAUAAAAAUCAAAA